AUGCAGUACGUAAAUAUACCUAGAGAUAAGGAGGAUCCAAAUUAUCGUUAUAAGAUGCCAAAAUUAUUAUCUAAAAUAGAAGGAAGAGGUAAUGGUAUAAGAACAAAUGUAUAUAAUAUGGGGGAGAUAGCAAGAGCAUUAAAAAGACCACCUAUGUAUCCAACUAAAUUCUUUGGAUGUGAAUUAGGUGCUAUGGUUAAAUUCGAAGAAAAUGAAGAAAAAGCUCUUAUUAAUGGUGCACAUAGUGAACAAGAUCUUGUUGCUAUAUUAGAUAAGUUUAUACAAAUGUAUGUACUAUGUGGUGGUUGUGAAUUACCCGAGAUAGAUAUAACAGUAAAAAAAGGAAUAUUAUUAUGUAAAUGUAAUGCAUGCGGAUACUCGGGUACAUUAGAUAAUACACAUAAGGCAGCAACUUAUAUGGCAAAGAAUCCCCCUAAUGCAACAGAUACAACAUUAGGGGAAGAUAGUUGGGACGAAGAGAAGGGAGGAUCAGAGAAUGGUAAAGAGAAGAAGAGUGAUAAAAAAAAGAAGGAAAAAAGAAUAAAUAAAGAAGAAGAAGAAGGAGGACAAGGAGGAGGAGGAGGAGGAGGAGGAGGGGGCCCCUCCUCUAAAUUAGUAGGGAAGGAGGCCCUAACAAUUCAUUGUCCGGAGAUAAAAGAUGUAAUAAAUAGAUUAAGAAAUAUGUUUAUUUCUUCCCCUCCUCCUUCUUCUUCUUCCUCUUCCUCUUCUUCUUCCUCUUCCUCCUCUUCUUCCUCCUCUUCUUCUUCUUCCUCCUCCUCCUCUUCCUCCUCUCCUUCUCCUUCUCCUUCUGUUACCCCUGAGUCUUUCUUUGUUGAGUUAAGAAUGUUGCAAGUCUCACAAGACUUUGAUGCUAAGUGUCAGGCAGAAGAUAUACUUAAUUAUUAUAAUAAUAAUAAUCAUGAUAUAAUUACUCAACAAUUAAAAACUUAUGCACAACCUUUCUUACAAUGGUUAGCGGAGGCAGACUCUAGUGAUGAGGAAGAAGAAUAA